AUGAAUGGAAGUGCAGAAGUAAGCCAAGACUCCUCAAGCUGCCCCUUUUUUGGGAAAAAUAUACAAAAUGGUACUACUGAGCUUAACAAAUUUCACAUUUUGGAUGAAACCGAGGGAAACGAUGACUCUGAGAACUCAGCAGACUUCGACUCUGAUAUUCCAGAUGAUGAAAUUGAAAAAAUGUUGGAAGAGGCUUUAGAAAAGCGAAAGAGAAAAGCAGCAGAAGCCGGUUUAGAUGAAGAAGAAAUUCCAUUUGAAGAAAAAAACAAGAUCCUCUUAAUUGAAAAAGGACAAAACCACUUCGAUGUUCUUCCAGAAGGGUGGAUUCAAGUAACUCACAAUAGUGGAAUGCCUAUUUAUUUACAAAAAGAUUCUAGGGUUUGUUCAUUAUCUAGGCCUUAUUUUCUAGGUCCAGGUUCAGCUAGAAAACACCAUAUACCGGUUAAUGCCAUACCAUGUUUAAACUACAGAAAAGCUAUAGAAAAAGAAGAAUCAGAGUCCAAAGAACCAGAAACUAAUAAUCAUUGCGAUCAGAGCUUUCCUAAUGCUAAGAUCGAAACUGUUCAGGAGAAUCUUCAAAUGCAGAACCUCCCUCCUGAACAGGUUCGGGAGUAUUGUGAGAAACUGUUUAAAUUCCAAACCAUGAAAGUAUUGAGAUUUAAAUCUUGGUCCGAAAGGAGAAAAUUUACAAAACGAUUAAAACAAAAAAAGCAGUUACAACGACUUACACUUCCAGAUGGUACCAAAUUAAUAACUUUUCCAAUCAGAAAAUCAGAUAGUUCAGAAAAUAACACAAAUUCUAAAAAAGAAUGGGUCAUGAACCCCAACGGAAAGUCAUAUGUGUGCAUUCUUCAUGAAUAUGUUCAACAUGUUUUGAAGAAGCAACCCACAUAUCAAUUUACCGAACUAGAAAAUGCCGCAACUCCUUAUGCUGCAACAGUUAUUAUCAAAGAUAUGAGAUACGGAGUUGGAUACGGGACCAGUAAAAAGCAAGCCAAAUCUGACGCAGCCAAGGCUACCUUAGAAAUCCUUAUUCCGGAAAUGAAAUCAAAAAUUGUUCCUGAUAAUCAAACAGGGGACUCUACGAAAAAAGAUAAAGAUCAAGAUCUGUCUUUCUUUGACGAAAUACGAGUAGAAGAUCCCAGAGUUUUUGAAUUUUGUGCCAAAACUACCGAGCCAGCUCCUUACGACAUACUUUUGACUUGUCUUCAGAGAAAUUUCGGCUUAGACGAUCUUCAAAUUAGUUAUCAAGGAAAUACUACCAAGUCCCAUGAAUUCACCAUGACUGUAGGUAAACACACUGCGACUGUAUCUUGUAAAAAUAAAAGGGACGGCAAACAGAGGGCAUCUCAAGCAAUACUUCAAGCACUACAUCCUAGCAUUACUUCAUGGGGUUCCCUUUUGCGGCUCUACGGAAACCAUUCGAUCAAGAGCUUCAAAGAGAAGAAAUUAGAAGAGCAAGAGAUUACUUCUCUGCAGAGUAAAGCGGCUGUCAAUCAACCAAACUAUGCCAUUUUGUCAAAACUAAAUAUAGAACUAGGUAAAUUAAGGGAAAAGCGUAAGGCCAUACAGCCGAUCGGUGUAUUAGAUACCGAUGGAACUGAAGUAGUUGCGCCGUUGUCUACUUCUAAUUUGCAUAAUUUAGCUGUGUAAUCCUAGACAUUGUAGUAGGUCGUCCAAAAUAUAAUUGGUAAAUAUUCGAAAAAAAUCAGCCACACAACAAAUUACUAUAUGUAAUAUAUUAUACAUUCCAAAGCAUCUCGACUCAUACAAGCAACAUUUCCAUGUACGUUAUAACACAACUAUUCGUCAAAAAAAACAAAGAUCAACUAUUCUUGAGAUCUAAGAGAUUAUUAAAACGUGUGUUCUGAUAUAAAAUUUUUCUGAUUUCUGAAAUUCUGAUUUUUUAAAAAAAAUUUUUAAUCCCAAGCCAAAAAUAGAUCACUAAAGAAAGGCAAUUAGCCGAAACAGCUGUAGUGAUAAGAUUUAAAAUAAAUUUUGUGGAAGUUUGAAAACAAAGUUUUCAGUGUUUUAUUGUUACAUAAAAUGAAUUUCCAUCAAGUAACGGUCGAAUCCAUCAAUUAUUUAAAAAUAUUAUAGAUAGAAUGUGGAAGUAAGUGGGUAUAACAUUUUAGGACCAAAAAUUUGCGUUUGCGAAAUUUUUUCAAUUUUUACCAUUAAUAUUAUUGGACAUCCACUUAAAUUAUUUUCAAAUUAUUAUCUUUUUAACUCACCUAUACAGUAAUUUCGUUAUGAAUACCUGGAUAAAAUGCAAUUAUCACCCUUCUUCAACUUAAAUAAAUAUAUUUGUACGAAAAUUUAUUUGAAAUUAAAGUAGAUCAAAUUAUUAGUAGAAUAUAGUAAAAUAUUCAAAAUUAGGUUGAUAUAAUUAUCGGAGAAAGAAAUCAAGGUUAUUUUAAAUCAAUUAACAGUCAUUUUGUUAAUAAAACGUGACAUCUGCAGCAAAAAUAUAAAUUAAAGAAUGGAAAAAAAACUAUUUUGGAAGUGUGUAAAAAAUGUAAUUCCUAGCUGAGCAAUUUCGGUUUACAAACUCAUCCUCAGAGCUAUGGUCAAGUGUAUAAAGUACCACUACUAAAGAGAGGUGCCAUUGGCGAAAAAAUAUAAAAUUUUUCUUUAACUCUUUCGUUCACGAAUUAAAUUUCUUUAAGCUAAAAUAAGCUAAUUAGUUUUAAGCCGGAUUUAUAAACGGACAUAAACAUAAUUUUAGUCUUUAACCAUAAUCUUAUUAUAUAAGCAUAAUGUUGAAAGUUAAUAAAUAAAUGUACCCAUUUAAAAGCAUUCAUAAUACAUAAAACAUAAAUUUAGUCCUUAAAACGUGACAUUCAAAGUUGGUAACUUUUAACAUUUAUGAAUUAAGUAUUAAACAUUAUGGAAUUGUUGGAACAUGCGCAUGCGUAAUCUAACGUAAAAAAUUAAAGAACUGUUCCUCAUCCCAUUCCUUAUCACGCUUUCUAUUUAUGGGUCUUACACUAUACCUUCUUACUCUUCUGCUUGUUAAGAACUCUGGCAGAUAUAGUCGCUACAAUUGUUAAAUAAAGUGGGACUGCUGCCAUGGCCAAAGUAACUUUUCUAUUAAUCUUCAUAUUUAUUUAAAAUUAUUUCACUUUUCUAUGAAUCUAAAGACCAGAAUAAAUUCUUCAAGAUCUAUAAAAAUUUGGUUAGGUUUGUAUUUUCUGAAGUAGUUUUUAAAUAUUAUGGUUAGGUAUUAUGUCUAGUUAAUCUUAAAUCUUGUGAAUUAUGAUUGUGGUUAAAGUUAUGUUUAUGACUUAUGAUUAUGUACUAUGUCCGUUUAUAAACCUGGCUUUACAUUUUCAAAAUUCACAGUUUGGGCACUACAAGAUGUCCUUAUUUGAGGAUAUCGUGUGCCAAUGGAGGAGUAAAAAUGUUACGAAUGGCCUCUUUUUCUUGUAGGCAUUUUCAUGUUUGUCAACAGAAUUUCUUAGACAUUCUGAAAUUAGAAAAUCUAGACCUUUUUGUCCCUAGAACAAACCAUUUUGUCAUAAUGACCUCUCCAUCACCACUAAUUAAUUCUUGGCUUGAUCUCUGAUCUAUCAUCUCUACCUUUCUUCAUUUCGCUAUCUGACAAAAAUGGAGUGCCUUUGCCUUUGGUGCCUUUCUCUCAAAUAUUGGAAUACAUUAUAAUUACUGAAGUAGUUGUCAUAGUACAGCUGAAAACCAAGUGUGGUUAUUCUUUUGAUAGAGCCGUAACCACAGACCCGCCCAACCCAAAUAUAAGCGAUUCUGUUUCAUCCAAUUCAGUAGUUGCUCUUUGAUAUGUUAUGAACAGCCCAGUGCUCCUGGUUAAAAGCUUAAAAUCUUUAACGCAAAGAUUUUAAUACCCCAAGGUUUCAGUUUAUUUACAACAUAUUGUUUUAUGUUUAUCUGUCCCUUAAAUGACACUAUCUGUUCAUCUAUGCAGAGCUGCAUUUCUAGAGGCAAGGAAAGGCACUUUAUUAUUAUACAAUUAUACAGUGGCCUCACUCUCCAGUCUGUCGUUAUCAGCGUGAUUGUAUUCAUCAAUGUCAACAAAAUUUAAAUUUUGGCGAAGUUUACAGAAUCUGUUGAUAGACCUGUUGAAUUUCUAGUUUAGGUUCCCAGUAUUCUAGGAUAAUGCAAGCUACCCAUAAAAAUAUGCAUUCCUACAACUGUUUUCAUUUCCUCAGCUGAAGUGGAAGAAAAACUAUUGGCUUUUGUGACAGCAUACUAAUUAGUAUAUGUCGCCAUUUCUUCAUAAGAUCAUCAGUAAAAUAUUGAUGAAACAAUAAUAAAGACUUUCAAGUUCAAAGACGUUAGAAAGGUUUGUUCUGUUUGAAAAGUUUAUAACUUCCUCGUGCCAAUGUAUAUCUGGGGUUAACUAUGUAAUGAUCUUUCUCCACUUGAUAUCUCUUUUUUUGUUAGAUCGUUGUUUUCCAUAAAGUCAUUUAUUCUCUUCAUUUUACUUUGUUUUUACUUCAUUUUACUUUGCGGUUCUUCUUCUUCAUGAACAAGCUCUAUUGCUUCAGAUUCUUCAGCUUCCUGCUCUUCAACAUAACCUUGAAAUUUUAGUCCUGUAAACUGCUCCUCAACAUUAUUAUGUUCAUUUGCUUGUUCUUCCCAACCCCCAUCUUCGACUUCGUUGCUCAUAUAUUCAAAAUCAGAUAACCCUUGUUCGAUUAACCACAACAGCUUCUCGUAAGGGCUUGCUUGAACUAAAUUUUCUAGUCUUAUUCUAAAAUAUUUAAUUUUUUUUAUACUAUAUACAACAAGAAAUGGGGUUAUGUUGACUUGAAAAUGAAUCUUCGUUGACUCAUAAUGUCCAUAAACGAGUAAACACUUUUCAGAAAAUCCGUAGUAGAUAAUUUUAAGCAAAACCGCUAUUAAGAAUAGUGUUUUCACCAAAUUCUAUUCAUCAACACCAUGCGACACAUGCAAUACCAAUUGUUCACAUUUAUAAUGAAAGAAACUCAAAUGAAUUGGCUCUGUACACACCAGUCUAAGUAACUAUGGAAACCUAUAUUUCAACAAAUUAAAUAUUUUGUUCAAAAGCCGUUAGAUGACAGCACAAUUACUCAUUUUACGGAAUAGGAUGUCCAUAAUCAGGAAUUCGACAAGGGUAGAAACACAUGGAGCUACAUACAAAAAAAUUAUAGAAUAGGUUGUCCUCAAUUUAUAGAGCACAAAAACAUAAAAGACAGCACAUUAGACUUCACAAAAAACUCAUUAAAACAUUUGUUUAUGGAAGGGUGUAAGAACCCGACAAUUUGGAUGGAGUUGAAGCAGACAACUAUGUUCAACAGCGUCAGAAUCCGGCCCCAUUGUUUUUAUUCACCAAUUUACUAUAACCAUAGCAUUAGUGGUUUCUAAGAAGUUGAUAACCAACGAUUUACUCUUAGAUUAUUGAUUUCUAAAAUCUAAAGAUUAGGUUCUAAAGUAAAAUCUAAAGGUUAAGUAAUAUAAUGAUGCAAUGAGUAUAAUAGUCACUUUUAUAGAUUUUACAAACAACUGAAAAAACAAUGUAAAGUACAUAGAUACCAAAAUAAACAAUACCUUUACCUAUUAGAAACAAACAUUUUUAAAGGACCAUUUUAUCAACAUUUCAAUUCAGCUUAUUUCAAACGUGAUUGAUUAAUUUUUGUCCAGAUGUUUAUUUCGAUUUAAUCAUUGUAAUAGAAUAAUUUGGCCUGUUUAUUGUUAAUUGAUGUGCCAUUGAUGUAUCUAUACAUACAAAACUAUUAUAUUUCUUUGUAACAUACAAGUAUCACUGUACUAUUAUAUUACAUAAAGUUGUGGUGGGCACUUUUCGAUUAUCACUAUUUUGUGUAAUUUUACAUUUUUUACUUCUGAUAUCAGUGUCGUAUUGUGGAAUACCCAAUUGUCUAAAGUGGAAGUAAAUAUAUUUAUGUAUAUUCUCAGUAUAUCCCAUUUCCAAGUAUAACAUUGAAACUAAUGUUACAACGUAUAUGAUCAGUUCUUCGAGUUCCGAGCCUGUAUUUGAUGUUUCCCCGCACAGUCGCUUAUUCAGAUGUUAAGAUACAAGUAACUUAAUAUUAAGUGUCUAUUACAAUUUUUUAUGCGUCUAUAAGAAAUAUCUACAGACUGUACCUUAUGAGAAAGUAUUUACCGAGGUUGAAUUAUUUCUGUUUGGUGGUUAAAAAGAUUUCCUAGUUAAUUUUUAAAAAAUUGGUUUUGUUGUUUAAAAUUUAGAAAUCAGUAUGACACAUUAUUAUUUCCGGCAUCAAAUGUUCGGCAUAUAUAGAAUCUGCUCUAGUGAUAAUAAAGUUUCUUUUUUGAUGAUAUAAACAUAAAUAUUUGUUUCGACCUAAUAUGCUAUUCACCUAUUGUAACUUAGUAAUAAGUAAUGCCUUUUGUUAUCACAGAUAUUUUUAAAUCAUUGACUGAUGGCAGCUGUUUUAAGUUCUUCUGUGUUAAGUAAAUAAAAUCUACAUUGC